AUGCAAAUCAAACAACUAUCUCUGGCCCGGGGUCAGCCCGGAAUCCUCCAUCACUGCACCGACACCCUCGUCGCAUUCGAAUACACACGCAGCCAAAUCCGCAAACCACACACCUUAGUCUUUGUAGGAGGUCUAGGUGAUAGCCUCGGCUCAGUCGACUACCUAAACGAAGUCGUCAAUGCCCUCGACGCAACAGAAUGGAGCAUAUUCAACCUAGGGCUCUCCUGCGCAGGCGGUGGUUGGGGAAUGGGCCGACUAGGCAAAGACAUCGACGAGCUGUCUCAAUGCGUCUCAUACGUCCGCGCGUAUAAGGAGCCCCAAUUCGGGCCCGGCAAGGUGGUGAUCAUGGGCCAUUCGACGGGUAGUCAGGACGUGAUGCAUUACAUUAACUGCCCCAACCCGCGGCCAGCACACCCCGUCUUCGAUCGCGAUUGGGAGCCUAUUGUGCGGGCCCAGGUUGAUGGCGCUAUUAUGCAAGCGCCUGUUUCCGAUCGCGAGGGUAUCUUGUGGGUUGUCAAGUGUGGUACUGAGCGUGAUAGUCCAGUUAAGAUGCGCGAGAUUUAUGAUAAGGCUGUGGCGGAUGCGCGUCGUGCGACCUAUGAGGAUCAUGAUUUGGUUGAUACUCUUGUUCCACUGGUUGUGACAUCGCGUAUUGGAUACCCGCCUUCUGCGCCGGUUAGCAGUCGUCGAUUUUUGAGUCUGGCUAGUCCGGACAGUCCCGAGAAUCCGUCGGAAGAUGAUUUGUUCAGUUCCGAUUUGAGUGAUGAGCAGUUCCGUGGGACUUUUGGUAUGAUUGGGGAGAGGGGCUUGUUGAAGCAGAAGAUGCUCGUGCUGUACUCUGGGCGUGAUCAGUCCGUACCUCCAUGGGUGAACAAGGAAGCUCUGUUGAAGAGGUGGCAGGCUGCGGCUGAUGGGAGUGGACGGCAGAUCUGGGACACGAGGAGUAUGGUUAUUCCUGGUGCGUCGCAUGCUUUGAGUGAUAGUGACCAGGCGAAGCCGCGGCGGAUCUUGGUCGAACAGGUGACGUCUUACCUGGAUGAUAUCCAACGGGGGUGA